CUAGCUUGUCGUUGGUGUACUUUUCGUUUUGCAGGGAGGAGUCAGACAUUAGUUUCUUUAUGAAAGUGACAUGUUCAUGCCAUUUUUUUACUAAUUCUACGACAUGUUUUGCACCAUGUAUCCAUAAUGUAGCCUGCUUAUAGGGUCGACGUAAAGCUAUCGAUCAGUGACCAGAUAUUUUCGAUAAAAGGUCGAAGGAAACAGGAAGGCGGAACAAGACCACAGAAUCAGUGGCUCAGUUCAAAUAAAUACCAAGACAAUCCAUCACAAAAACUCUGCACUGACUGUUUACACAGCCUUUUGACUGAUUCUACUUCAAAAGUAAAUAAUUCACCAGAAGCAUAAAAAAAAAAAUCGCCUGCCUGCCACCACAUGCGACCAUGUCCCUGGCCCUGAAACAAGUCUUCAACAAAGACAGGACAUUCCGGCCCAAGCGCAAGUUUGAGCCCGGGACACAGCGCUUCGAGCUGCACAAGAAGGCCCAGGCGUCUCUGAAUGCAGGCCUAGACCUGAAGCUGGCUGUGCAGCUGCCUCAUGGCGAGGACCUCAAUGACUGGGUGGCCGUCCACGUGGUCGACUUCUUCAACCGCAUCAACCUCAUCUACGGCACCAUCAGUGACUCGUGCACCGAUCAAACUUGCCCCGUCAUGUCUGGUGGGCCCAAGUACGAAUACCGCUGGCAAGACGAGCACAAGUACAAGAGGCCGACCGCCCUGUCGGCCCCCAAAUACAUGAGCCUGCUCAUGGACUGGAUUGAGGUACAAAUCAACAACGAGAACAUCUUCCCCACCAAUGUCGGUACUCCCUUCCCUAAGACCUUCAUGCAGGUGGCUAAGAAGAUUUUGUCGCGUCUGUUCCGGGUGUUUGUCCAUGUCUACAUCCACCACUUUGACCGUGUGAGCCAGAUGGGGGCAGAGGCUCACGUAAACACCUGCUACAAGCAUUUUUAUUACUUUGUCACUGAGUUCAACCUCACGGACCACAAAGAGCUGGAGCCCCUGAAAGAGAUGACCUCUCGGAUGUGCCACUGAGGGGCCUGUGGACACGGCGAACGGAUACAUCCGUCCAUCUUGAAGACUGCAUUGGAGAACGAUAAAAGAGCAAUCAAAUCCAGAGUCUAUUUUUAUAUUUAAGUACUGUAAUCUAUUUUAGCUGCAUACUGUAGGUUUAACAAAGAAGCCUGUCAUGCGAGGGUGUUCUGUUCCUUUUGAAAAGUUUCAGACAUUUUAUCAGAGCACAGUAUUAAGAGGUUUAUGUAUGUGUUGUUUUUUUUUUUGUUUUUGUUUUUUUCUAUUUUAUUUGAAUCUCAACCAUUCCAGGAUGCUUACUCUUUUCUUUCUGUUUCAAAUGAUUUAAAAUGAGUUUUUCUUACUGUAAACUCACUAUGUUGUUACAUUAAAGUGAUUCUCAACUCUUA